UCUCUACGGCAUCUGGGGUUUCUGGCGGGCGGCAGCUGCAGGCCUGCCGCCUGACUUGAUGGGAUGGACUGGUCGCACAGCCUGGUACGUGGUGCUCCUCUACCCCACCUCCACCUUCUCUCUCUUCCUUCUUGCCAUCUGCAUCUUUCUGGUGCCAAGCCAGCCCCGGAACACCAAAGGCAAAAGGAAGGGACAAGGGAGGCCUGGCCCCUUGGCCCCAGGGCCUCACCAGGUGCCACUGGACCUGGUGUCUCGAGGAAAGCCCUACGCUCGAAUGGAGGAGUAUGAGAGGAACCUUGGAGAGAUGGUGGCCCAGCUGAGGAACAGCUCCGAGCCAGCCAAGAAGAAAUGUGAAGUCAACCUGCAGCUGUGGCUGUCCAACAAGAGGAGCCUGUCUCCAUGGGGCUACAGUAUCAACCACGACCCCAGCCGCAUCCCUGCGGACUUGCCCGAGGCGCGGUGCCUAUGUUUGGGUUGCGUGAACCCCUUCACCAUGCAGGAGGACCGUAGCAUGGUGAGCGUUCCAGUGUUCAGCCAGGUGCCAGUGCGCCGCCGCCUCUGUCCGCAGCCUCCUCGCCCUGGGCCCUGCCGCCAGCGUGUCGUCAUGGAGACCAUCGCUGUGGGUUGCACCUGCAUCUUCUGAGCCAUCAACCCCCAACCCGGUGGCCUGGCCGCUGCAAUAACCACCCGCCCCCUGCACCCACUGUGACCCUCAAGGCUGAUAAACAGUAAAUGUUGUUCUUUGUAAAGG